GCCACCUUUUCGCAGAGUUUGUAAAUCUUCUGUGAAUUGGCUUUGAUCCAGUCCUCUUUUUGUUUUAUUUCAACAUUAUCACAAAUCUCGAUAGCCAAUUUGAUGCUCUCUACAGCUUGAUCGGUCGUCAAGUUGUUGCAGCUCACCGAGCAAGCAAGGAUGACUCGCAAGAACACGAGAUCCAAGGUUUUCAAUCCUCGCUUGGGACCAAAAAAAUGCUGGAUACUCUGGAGCCAAGAGGGAGUCGACUGGAAAUCUUUAUCAACCGCUCCGGCCUUUUGUGAAGAUGCAAUACGUGCCAAGGUUGCCAGACAAAAGAGGUUCCCCAUAUGGUCCUCGAAAUUGCGUAACAUCCUAGUGAGCUCUAAUUGGAGGCUAGACAUUAUCUCCGACGGGAUCUCGCAUAGCGCUCGGGGACAUGUUUGCAACGAAGCAGUGAGCUGGUAUACAGGGCCAAUGCUCUCUGCACAUGGGGCUUCUUUGACCAAGGAGAUCAGCUUGGUGAUGAAUGGCGCCAGACGUGCUGGGACGAUGAAGUUGUCCGGAACAGGCGAUGAUAGCAUGGCACUAGACGUGGAGAUAUACUGGAACUCUCCAUCUUCAAUGGCCUUUUGCAGAAAUAGGUCUAAUAAUUGAGGAUGACGCUCCAAUAAACCAUUGCGGAAGGGCUCAACACGCGCGAAACUCCCAAGCAGGCUCACCGCAAAAUUCGACCGAGACAGACCGUCGACGACGACGUCAGCCAGAGCCCCAAUCUGACACGGUUUGCGCGAGGCCCAGGACUGGAUUACGCCCAGAGAGCAGCAUUGAGUAAUGUCAUAAAGAUCCUGGAGAGAGGGUGCAUAUGGGGCUGUUAUCAAGCGCUCCACUUCGCGGCCCAACGCAAUCGAUUGGUCCGACAUGGCUACUCAAGGACCU